UUUAUGCAGCAGACGAUCAUUUUGCGUCUUUGCAUUAGCUAACUCAGGCUAACUGGUACUUGGACAGUAUUGGCAGUGGGCAAUUCCUACAGAAAGCCAAAAAGGAAACAGGAGCCACGCAAUUCAGUUGUGGCAAGCUUUGAAAUUCAAAACAAGCAAAUAAUGAUUGAAGAAUCAGGUGUAUUUCAUCCAGGAAAUCAUGAAGCUGAGAUGUGCUAUGGAGGAGAAGCUGAUCUACACAAACAUGUUGCUGGCUGUAAAAAGAAUCCAGGUCACAAAGAUUUUAUACCGCUUAAAGAUUUCAACGCAAGUUGUCUCCCCUCACGUUACCAUGACGACGAGCUCAUGUCUGAGACAAUCAAAGCAUUGGCAGCCGUAACUGUCCAGGUAAAGACUAAAUUCACCAGUCUAGAGAGACCAGAGAUUUUCCCAGGCACUCAAGUUCCAUAUCCAUGUUAUAAGGACAGAGGAAGUCACGUGAUGAGGUUAGGGACGGGGAGGGUGUGUUGUGUGUACAAGUACACAGAGAGUGACGGAACUUGUCGUUGUGCCAAGUGUCAAGUCUCUGCCACACCCAGCAAAGUGUGGGGGCAGGUUUGUGUGAUAACAGCCACACACGUGGUGUUUGAUGACAGUGAGGCGAGACAGACCAGGUGUGUUUUAGGUUUUGAUGACACUAAAAGUCCAGGGGUCAGUCUUGUUGGCUGGGAGGUGGAGGAGUAUAGGGCAGACAUUGAGGGAGACUUGUGUGAGUUGAGUUAUGUGACAUGUGACUUAGAGUUGGUUGAUGAACUGGACAAGAUGUGGCGGCGCUUUGAUGAUCUAUGUAAGGAAGUAAUGGACAAAUACAUGAGAUUUGCUGAUGUGGACAAGUUGACCGUAAUAGUGUCACAUCCCCAUGGCUGUCCUAAACAGGUCUCUGUAGGACAAUGGACACACAGACGUGAGAGGUUUGAUGGUGAUGGUGAUGAUGAUGAUGAUGAUAUCUUAUGGACCAGGUACUGGUACACAACAUGUACAUGUCCAGGCUCCAGUGGAGCGACUGUCUACAGGCCGGGAUAUGACGGUUCGUGGUAUAACCAUCCCCACAGUGGAUCAAGCCCUGUAGGAAAUUAUAGUGGGGAGUUUGUGUACUGA